ACCAUUAACCUUGGAAUCCGUAAUGAAGACCAAAUGGUGCGAUUUGUUCGUGUUAGGACUAAUGCAAUGUGCUGAGGAGGUAGGACUGACAAGGAUGCUCGAGGCAAUGAACAAUCAUCUUGCAGCCUGUAGCAGAGUCGGGCAAUUAAAAUCAGAGAAGUAUGAGGAAGUUAGUCAGCAGAUAAACUAUCUUCUACUGCUCGUCAGCCGUUUCGCGGAGGCUAAGCUUAGUCCGAUGGAGUUUGCCUACUUGAAGCUGGUCUCCUUCACUUCAAAUGAUAUACCCGCCUCUACUUGUGCUGCCGACACGCGGCCGGUCAAUGUGACUGCUUGUCAGGAGUUGUAUGAGCAUGUGGUGGCAUCGUCGUCAACAGAUGACUCCACUUCUGAGGACAAUGAGACACAUAUGACAACGUCCUCAUACAAUCAUUCGUUUUAUAGGUACUCUCGUCUCCUGCAGUUACUGCCGAAUCUGCGAUGGUUCCGCGAAUCGGUGCUGGUCGAGUUAUUCUUCUCGGGUCUCAUCGGGAAUCUUUCGAUUGAGACGGUGAUUCCGUUUGUGCUGAAGAUGGAUGUCAUGAAUGUAUUCGAGCCGUCGCAAGGCUCCGACUCUAUUCUGCCUAGC